UUGCUAUCGUGCAUUAGUCCCGCGAAAUUCGCAUGGAUUAAUUGUUGUUAUCCUACAAUUUAUAUAUUUAGUUAAAUUUGGUUGCUCCAAGCGCGAACACACAAGACAAUAGUACUGCGAUAAGAGAUUUUGUUGCAUCUGUGAAUACGGAUAUUCAUUAUUUACGAGAAUUUUGGUUUUGACAUACGCAUACGUGCACACACAUAAUAAAUACAUAUCAACUGUAAGCGGAACUUUACUUCCCAGCCAACUUGAAAAUGUUAUUCAUUCGAAGUGCACGCAAUGCCGGCGUCGUACGAGUAAUAGCGUCGAGGUGCACAAACGUACGAAAACAACAACAGCAAAUACCACGAAUGCAAGUUGCGUUACAAUCGACUGCUGUCAAUGUCAAGACUCACAAUAUAGACAGCAAGUCAUUUGUGGAUUCUUUGGAUGCUGAAUGGCAACAGGCCCUGCCCUACAAAGCCAUACCAGGCCUCACCAAAUACCAAAUGGUGCGUGGCUUUAUGAAAGGCGGCGACUUUGCUGAUAUGUCGCUGAAUGAUUUGCUCCUAAAAUGUCGCGAACGUUUCGGUGACACUUUUCGCAUGGCUGGCGUUUUUGGACAGCCAACCACAUUGGUACUUUUUAAUUUAACCGAUUUUCAAAAAAUAUUUCGAACUGAGGGUGUUUGGCCUAUACGACCCGGCGGUGAAGUGGUGGAACAUUAUCGCCUUGAGCGAAAGGACGGAUUUUUUAGUACAAUGCUUGGCCUAACCGGACACGGCGAAGAAUGGGGCAAAUUCCGACAUGCUGUGAAUCCCGUUUUAAUGCAACCGAAAAAUGCUAAACUCUACUUGAAACCCAUGCAAAAGGUUAACUUGGAGUUUAUACAGAGAAUUCGUGACAUACGUGAUCCACAAACCCUAGAGGUGCCAAACAACUUUGUGAAGGACAUCAAUCGACUCGCCUUCGAGUCAGUCGCAGUAGUGGCUCUGGAUCAUGAAUUUGGUUUGAUUCGCAAGAAUCCCGACUCAAAAGAAGCCGCAAUGCUCUUCGAUAAUUUAAACGUUUUUAUGAAAUCAUUCUACGAUUUAGGUGUGAAACCAUCACUUUACAAAUACAUAAAAACACCCACAUAUCGACGCUUCGAAAAAUCGAUGGACUCAAUAUUCGAUAUAACAAGUAGAUUUGUCAAUGACGCUUUAGUGCGCUUGGAACAGAAUCCUUCAAAAGAGGGAGAAGAACGCAGUGUGUUGGAGAAGCUUCUGAAAAUUGAUCGCAAAAUUGCUAUUAUAAUGGCAAUGGAUAUGUUAAUGGCUGGUGUGGAUACGACAUCUUCCGUACUAGCAGCCGUCUUUUUGUGCAUUGCUAAGAAUCCAGAGAAACAGCAAAAGUUACGUGAAGAACUUUUGAAUGUGCUGCCACACAAGGAUGACCACUUCACCAUGGAGAACAUGAAAAACUUACCUUAUCUGCGUGCCUGCAUCAAGGAAGCGUUACGUGUCUACCCACUUGCUUUUGGUAAUAUACGUGAAACCGGCGCUGACUUGGUAUUGGGUGGUUAUCAAGUGCCAAAGGGUACACGUGUUUUUAUGACUUCCAAUAUGCUAUUAAAUGAAGAACAGUUUUUUCCACGAGCACAGGAAUUUUUACCCGAACGUUGGUUACGCCAUCCGGAUGAAUCGACGACGACCGAAAGCGAAAAAUUAGUUGCUGAUAAUUUAAACAAAUUUAUUUAUUUGCCAUUUGGUUUCGGACCACGUAGUUGUGUGGGCAAGCGAAUUGUGGAUCUGGAGUUGGAAAUGUCAUUGGGCAAUGUGGUGCGAUACUUCCAAAUCGAAUUCAAUCACCCAUCGGAUAAGCCUUUUGUAAACCAUUUUCUUAGUACGCCACGCAUUCCACUGAAAUUUAAGUUUAUUGAUUUGAAUUAUUGAGAGAUUUACUUGUAUGUAUAAGAUUAUGUGUAUGUAGUGAACUGAUUGAAUGUUAUUAGAUGCACAACUAAGUUUUCGCUAUUUUUUUUAAGAAAAUACAACUUUAUUCUG